AAUGACAUCACACGACUAACAUUUUUCUUCGAACAGGUCACCGUCCCACCAAACUUGUGCCACGUCAGGAUUUACGUUGUAGCUAACUAAUUGAUAUGACAGUUAGCAAACUAACUGCAUACGACUUUUAGCUGUUGCUGAGCUUUACCGAAUAUACUGUUCGAAUGUUUUGGACGUUUCAGACGAAGUAAAAGUCAGUGUUAGCUAGCUCCUAGCUAGCUAGUAAAGUCAGCUGUCUCUCGUAAACAUACACCAGCUACAUUUUCAGUCCAGUUGACUUGUUAAAAUGGAGAACAAAUACAACCUGAAAAGCCCAGAAUGGACCAUUAUCAUGCACCUGUCUCGAUACAGGGGCAACGGAAAAAAUACAUAGCGAAUGGAGGACGCUUUCCCGGGGUUCAUUUUCAUGCCAGCCAGCUGUAAAGAGGCUGAUGAAGGAGGCAGCUGAACUGAGGCACCCCACAGAGCACUACCACGCCCAGCCACUGGAGGAUAAUCUGUUUGAGUGGCACUUCUCAGUCCGCGGGCCCCCGGACUCAGAUUUUGAUGGUGGGGUUUACCACGGCAGGAUCGUGCUGCCCCCGGAGUAUCCCAUGAAGCCCCCCAGCAUCAUCCUACUCACACCCAAUGGAAGAUUCGAGGUGGGAAAGAAGAUCUGUCUGAGCAUCUCUGGCCAUCACCCGGAGACAUGGCAGCCAUCUUGGAGCAUCAGAACGGCACUAAUAGCUAUAAUCGGAUUCAUGCCAACCAAAGGGGAGGGUGCAAUCGGAUCCCUUGAUUAUAAUCCAGAGGAGAGGAGAGGCCUGGCCAAAAAAUCCCAGGACUUCUGCUGUGAGACGUGUGGCUGCUCCUUGCGCUCUGCCCUCCUAGGUCCCUCCCCCACUAACCCCAGUCCAGAUGACCAAGAGGACCAAGAGCUCGCCCAGCAGAUCAACUUCAAGGCAGAAGCCAGGCAGGCCAGUGAGAGCACAGGGGCAGAGAGCGAGCCCCCCACAGACCCCCGGGGAGAGCGGUCCACUUCGGGGGGACAGGAGGAGGAAGAGACCAACGCUGAGCAGCAGGCCGAGGCGGCUCCAGCUGCCAGUGAGGACAAGCCAUGUCCCACAGCCCCAAGCAGCCGUUCUCUCAGCCCCCGCCAGCGCCGGGCCCAGCAACACCAGAGAGAGCCCCCCAGCAGGCCCACCUUCCCUGCCUUCCCCCACACCGCCACCCCACACCCCCCUCAGGACGCCAGCCACACAGGCUCUGUGGUGCUCAUCAUGGUGCUCGCCCUGCUCCUGGCUGCCCUCAUCUUCCGCAGGAUCUACCUGACCAACGAGUACAAGUUUGACUACGAGCUGUGAUGAAACUGACCUGAACUUCCCCAGACCACCAGACCAUGACAUCCUAGCUGGCAGCAAACUGACUUUAUCUCUUUACAUUGCCAACCUAGAGCCCUGGAAAACCUUCUGUUCGUAGAGGGUUAGGCAUAGCCUUGGUGACUGUUUCUCCCACUAAGUAAAGAGGGCUUGCUUUACAAUGAGGGUAGCCUGCAUUCCUGUGUAGGAUGUGUGGUCCACCUCCAAGGUGUCUUUUAUUACUUUGAAUUGACUCUAAACUGUACCACAUUUUAAAGAUAGGUCCAAACCUUUAUAGAACACACACUUUGGGCUGUAUUCACAAAAUGUCUGAGUAGGAGUGCUGAUCUAGGAUCAGGUCCCCCAUGUCCAUAUAAUAUAAUUCAUUAUGAUUUAAAAUAAAAAUAGAUCCGCACUCCUGAGGUGCUUUAUGAAUACGGCCUGUAUCUCUACUUUUAAUUUUGUCAGGCAACUGUUUAUCAUGGACUGCUGCUUGCUCUCAUUUAAACAAGUUAAUGCUGUAUCAUAUGACUUGUAAACAAUGAAGACUAUUACAUUGAUUUGUUUGUCUCAAAUAAUUAAUUGUGCACAGGGAAUCAAUAUGCAUAAUAAAUUGUAUACAGAUAAGAUGCUAAUUAUUUCUGCUCAAAUGUUACGCCAUUGACAUUUUCAUUGGUUAGCCAAUUCUCCGGUGGUUUCUACUUUAGCGGCAGCAGAUACAGUGCAGCCAACUAUACACAUACGUCUGUCACGAGUGUCAGUUUGUUUCUGCUCUCUUGACAAUUUCAUGCUGUUCAUACCUGCCGUUAUCACUGAUUGGGUCCAAAGAUAGUGAGACGGGGAUGAGGCAAUAAACCAUUGUCAACACAAGCGCUUCAGAAAGGGAGAUUAUACAAGAAAGAGGCUGUAUGACUUUAGGCCUACCUUUUUGAAGUCCUCACAAGAAAUGGAUUGGGGACUAAUGCAAAGCAAUUAAAAUAUUGUGGUUACAUUGUACUUCAAGGAAAAUAAAAUGUCUAAGUUGUGUUCUCAUGAUAUUUGAGCCAUGUAUAACAGCUUUGUUCAUGUGAAUACUGAAUCCAUUGCAGACAACUUAAUGUCUUAAGAUUGCAUUCACACAUCUAUCCAUCGUUUGACUGUGUUUGAAUGCUACAUAUGAACAUUGUAUCAGAAAAUAAAUGCCAUGAAUAAAAAAAAAUGAAUGUUCCUGUGUCACAGUUAA